AAUGGAAAAUGUCAAAUAAAAUAAGAAUAACAAGAACAACAACAAAAAUUUAAUUCGCAGCAACACACGUAAUUUAAUAUAAACGCAAAAAUCUGAAUUAAAUAUAUAGUACAAAAACACACAUUAUAAAGUGUACUAAACACCGAAAUAUAUACAACACAAAGACCAAAGAAACCUACUCAGAAUGAAACAAGAAAUGGGCGAUAAAAGUAUUAAACCUUUUGUAUACGGUGGCGUAGCAUCCAUAAUUGCAGAAUUUGGCACAUUUCCAAUAGACACCACAAAGACGCGCCUACAAAUUCAGGGUCAAAAAAUUGAUAACACAUUCUCCCAAUUACGUUACCGUGGUAUGACAGAUGCCUUCAUAAAAAUUAGCCGUGAAGAAGGUCUGAGGGCAUUAUAUUCGGGAAUUUGGCCUGCGGUCUUAAGACAAGCUACCUAUGGCACCAUUAAAUUUGGAACGUAUUAUACUUUAAAAAGCAUAGCGAAUGAAAAUGGUCUCCUUGUUGACCCAGACACGGGGACAGAACGUGUUUGGGGCAAUAUACUAUGUGCCGCUGCAGCUGGAGCCAUAUCAUCCGCCAUAGCAAAUCCCACGGAUGUACUAAAAGUUCGAAUGCAGGUACAUGGAAAAGGUUCACAGCACCAGAGUUUAUGGGCAUGUUUUCAUGAAAUCUAUAAAUAUGAAGGAGUGCGGGGUUUAUGGCGUGGCGUGGGACCCACAGCACAAAGAGCAGUGGUUAUAGCGUCAGUAGAAUUACCGGUAUAUGAUUUUUGUAAAUUACAGCUAAUGGGCAUGUUUGGUGAUCAUGUGGCAAAUCAUUUUGUCUCGAGUUUUAUAGCAAGUUUGGGUAGUGCCAUUGCCUCUACACCCAUUGAUGUCAUACGAACCCGCCUAAUGAAUCAAAGACAUGUUACCAUUGUCAAUGGCAUGGUAACAACAGCGGCCACACAAAAAAUCUAUACUGGCAGCAUAGAUUGCGCGUUGCAGACGGUGCGUAAUGAAGGUUUGCUGGCUCUGUACAAAGGUUUCAUACCCACCUGGGUGAGAAUGGGUCCCUGGAAUGUCAUAUUCUUUAUAACCUAUGAACAACUAAAGAAAUACUAAAGAUCUCAUGGAUGCGCCUACAUUGGGACAAACUACAAAAUGUCUUAAAUUUUGGUACAAUCUUAAGGCAGAAGCUUUAAUUCUAAAAUAUUUUAAACUACACACCCAUACCCAUUCGCCUCAUUACAAAAAACACAUUUAGACAAAAAAAAAAGCUCCAUCAACCAUACUUCUCAUCCAAAGUCUUCUCAUUGGUGGCAUAAACCAAAAAAGAAUAAAAAUUGUUCAUUUAGUUUAAGUAGGACGAAAAAGCUCAGCAGUUUUUGAUAUGAAAAAGAAACUGAAAACAAUUAUGAAUGGCCAUAAAGAAAAUUCUCUUUGAAACAACAAAAUUCCAAAUUCUAUUAAAUUAAAAAAAAAAACAAUUUUAUUAAAAAGAUGCAUUUAAUUUUAAAAUUUUUUGAAAACAAACAUUUUUUUGUGGUUUAAAAUUCAUGAUUGUUUUAUUACACAGAUUAAUUCUUAAUGCUUUUGUUUUGCUACAGCUUUUAUAUUUUCGUAUAAGUAUGGCUUCAAGAACCUUAACCCUUAGAUUUGUUAUACAAUGUAAUGGUUAAAGUUCCUGACAAAACAUUUUUAACCAAGUCGAUAUUGCGAAAAUCUCUUUUUAUGUUUUUCUUAUUUUAGCUUAAUCUAUCUUGCUAUAUACAUUAGUUGUUAUGUAUAUUUUAAAUAAGUAUUAUUGACAAUGACCUUUGUUACUUUGGAGCUAGGAGCUUUCAAUGAUUUUUCUGCCUUUACUUUAAAAAGAAAAAAGUAUUUCCUUGUAUUGAUUUUCUCACAUGCAUUUGUUCUGAAAGAGUGAAUCAUUUAUUUGAUCGCAUUUGUUUCAUUUUGUCAAAGACACCACAUGAUUUAAAAAAAAAACUCAUUUUUAUUAGAACUUAAAGUUGUUGCUUUAUCAUAGUUAUACUUGUAUAUAUAUAGCUAAAAAGAACUGUUGAAGAAAAAAACCAAAAAAUUUGAAAUCUCCUGCUAAGUCUAAAGCAAGAAAAGGUAAUAAAAAGGAAAAUUAUUUUAA